GACCCACCCAUGGGUGAUGUGAACCAAAGGGUGACAGGAGUCAGGACCCCAGAUUGCAUGUUGGUGUUGGUGGGUAUUGUGCGAUUUUGACAGUACAGAGACACGUUUUUUCUUUGACACCCCCUCCCCUGCGCAGUUUUUAAAGACUUGCCACUGGAGGAAUCCCCCCCCUUUGUAUGAUUGGGUUGCUCUUCCCGUCAGAUAAUGAAGGAUAGCUGCUAUUUAGGCGGGGGAGGGUGUCCCAAUUGCAUCCUGGAAGCAGGAGAACUCAGGCUGCUCCAUCAAGAAAGGGGUGUGUUGUGCUAGGAGCUCCUAUUAUGGUUAAUGUGGAUGCAUUUAUGUGAUGGGAGGGGGGCCUUCCUUCCUCUACCAGGGCUAGUUGAAUGUUGGGAUUUUUCUUUGUAGGGUGUACAUAAACUAGAAUCCUUUCUUCCUUCUAAGGCAUCUCUGUUGGGAGUGGCUGCCAGGCAGGCAAAUGUUCCUUACGCCUUCUGGUUACUAUUUUGAUGUCUUUGCCUGGACACCUCUUGUGGUGUAUAGCAACAUUUUCUGGGGGAGAGGAGAGGCGAUAUAAGGGAGUUUAGCCAAUAGGAUCUGAACUCUGGGAUCUGCUCUUCACUUCCACCCCCAGUUUAAUAAAGCGGAACAUGCUUCUUAACUUGUGUCUCCAAAACCUAACAUCUUGGCGACCCUCCCACAAGGUUGCUUUGGUGCACUUUGGGGUCGUGACCCAUCUGCGUUGGGGAAAGGCAAAUCAUUGGCAGGCAACGCCUAGAAUGGCACAUUGUUAACUUGUGGCCAGUGUUGCACCUCCUCCCCACCACACUCCACUUGGACUUAAGUUUCUUGCUUGCGCCAGUAAUAGGGAAGUAAAAUACAGGAUUUCCCCACAGUUUCCCAUGCAACAGGAUAUCAGGAAAAGAAACGGUGCCAGAGACCCUGUACUUCUCUGUUUUGGGUUGUUGUGGUUGGCGGGAAGAUCCCCGGCAGCUUGGCUUCUCUGUACUGCUUGCAGGGUUCAUCCUGUUGCUGUCACUCUGCUGCUGAGCUCCUGAGGAGUCCCUUGGAGGGAGUUUGGGAAGACCUCUAGCAGGUGCUGUCAAUACUGAUGAGAGAUCUUAUAUGCCAAGACUGUCAGUAUUUGAAUAGACCACAUCAUGCGUGAGUACAAGCUAGUGGUCCUUGGCUCAGGUGGCGUUGGGAAGUCUGCUUUGACUGUACAGUUUGUUCAGGGAAUUUUUGUUGAAAAAUAUGACCCCACAAUAGAAGACUCCUACAGAAAGCAAGUGGAAGUAGACUGUCAACAAUGUAUGCUUGAAAUCCUCGAUACAGCAGGGACAGAGCAAUUUACAGCAAUGAGGGAUCUCUAUAUGAAGAAUGGUCAGGGGUUUGCACUAGUAUAUUCUAUUACAGCACAGUCCACGUUCAAUGACUUGCAGGACCUGAGGGAGCAGAUCUUACGGGUCAAGGACACAGAAGACGUUCCCAUGAUUCUGGUUGGCAAUAAAUGUGACCUGGAAGAUGAACGUGUAGUUGGCAAAGAACAGGGACAGAACUUAGCAAGACAGUGGUGUAACUGUGCCUUUCUAGAGUCAUCUGCAAAGUCAAAAAUCAAUGUUAACGAGAUCUUUUAUGAUCUCGUCAGACAGAUAAAUAGAAAAACACCAGUGGAAAAGAAGAAGCCUAAAAAGAAAUCAUGUCUGCUGCUCUAGACCCACAGCAUGCAGCAGCUCUGAGCCAGGAUUACAGGAAUGAAGAACUGUUGCCUAAUUUGGAAAGUUCCACCAUUCCAGAAUUCAAAUAACUACACCACAAAUUAACAACAUAUCCGAAGAGGCUUCUGUUUUUAUAUAUUAUGUGAAGAAUUUAGAUCUUAUAAUGGUUUGCACAAAGGUCCCUUGGGGGGGAGGAAAUAAAAUAAAAUUGCUUUGUGUAUAUCUCUUGGGAAUUAAAGACAAUAGUACUUCUCCUUUGCAAUAGCAGUUAACAGAUGUGAUAAUAAAUAUAAUUGACUCUAGUUGUAUGAUUAUACAAAAGAGCAUGGAUGCAUUUCAGAUGUUAGAUAUUGCUACUAUAAUUUCAUAUUGACCUCUUACCAUAAUUCUUCUCCCAUCCAGCACUAAAAAUGGUCAGCCAGUAAUACUUUAUAUCUAUCAUGAUAGAUACAAUUAUACAAAUUUUACCCUUUGAACUCAUGGCAGCAAAUAACUUUCCAAGUCAUUGACUUCAUUUUAUAUUUAAAAAGUUACGGAAUAUCAUUAUUUUCAUUCUGCCAUUAUAUUCUAAUUAAAAUUGUGCAUAAUGCUUUGGAAAAAAAUGGGUCUUUUAUAGGAAAAAAACUGGGAUAACUGAUUUCUAUGGCUUUGAAAGCUAAAAUAUAUAAUAUACUAAACCAACUCUAAUAUUGCUUCUUGUGUUUUACUGUCACAGAUUAAAUUACAGCUUUUAUGAAUGAUUAAAUUUUAGUACAUUUUCA